CCUUUAAGCUCUGCGCGAGGCUCUGAAAGAACAAGCAGGUGGACUCCAAAGAUGAACAUUUGCUGAAUUCUUCAUAUCCCUGUAACCUCCAAAUAGGUUGGAAGCUUUAUCAGGUUGAGGACUAAACAGGCCCAGUUCUUUCAGUCUCUCCUCAUAGGGCUUUGUUUCCAGGGCUGUGAUCAAGGGGCUGGAGCUCCCAUGAGGAACGGUAACAACGCCUAGGACUGUUUAUCUUAAAGAAAAGUUGGAUAUCUACCUUUUUUUUGGAUGCAGUUUUAGUCUCAGUUGCUAUGGAGAAGAUCAAAGAGCAAUUUUCCAGUCUCCAAAUAGCAAAACGGUGUGCACUAACAGAAGACCCAACCUACUUAUUGGACUUAGAUAUUUCAAGAGGGGAAGGGAGCCAUUUAGUGGCUGUUUCCUGUUCCAAUAAAUCAAUUGGCGUUUACAAUAGAGAGACAUUAGAUUUGCUCCGGGAAUAUAGCAGCCAUCCUGGAUUGCUCAGUGGUGUCAGAUUUGCACAUGCGCGUGAAGGUGUGUUGUUUUCAGCCUGCAGUGAUGGAGCAGUGAAAUGUUGGGAUACUCGUCUAGCUACUGCAGAGCCAGUACAGGUGUUUUGUGGCUAUCCUUCAAACAUCUUCAUUAGCUUUGAUAUAAGCUGCAAUGACCUCAUCAUAUGCGCUGGCACAGAGAAAGUGAAAGAGGAUGCGUUCAUAGCAUUCUGGGAUGCCAGAGGCUGCACAAGCAGUGCGUCUUCCAGCGAAGGGCCCUUGGGUGUCUAUUCAGAAUCCCACAAUGAUGACGUCACUAAAAUAUGUUUUCAUCCCACCAAGCCGAACUUGGUAGUUUCAGGGUCAACUGAUGGACUGGUGAACGUGUUUGAUAUUAACAAGGACAACGAAGACGAUGCUUUGAUUUCAACGUGUAACUCUGAUUCAUCGGUAAGCUUUAUUGGAUGGGCUGGAAAAGAUUGCCGGCAGGUCUACUGCAUGACACACGACGAAGGAUUUUGUUGGUGGGACCUUACCCAGUUGGAAAGCGACGAGCCAAUUACGUUGUUGCACAUUCCAGAUGCCAGAGAUGUAGUCGGUGCAGAUAAUGCGAAGCUGGACUACUUAAUUGGUGGUUUUUAUCAUGAAAAGUUGGGCAAGUUGUUUGUUGUCGGGGGGACAUCAACAGGAAGCCUCUGUUUCAUGGACUGCUGUGCCGACGGUCUGAAUUUUGUGGGAGCCCUUCAAGGAGGACAUUCUGCUACUGUCCGCUCUUUCUACUGGAACGUGGAGGAUAAUUCGUUGUUGACUGGCGGAGAGGAUGCACAGUUGUUGCUAUGGAAACCUGGAGCUGUGGAAAAAGUCUUUGGAAAGAAGACUUCUAUGAAAGCUGCAUCUUCUGUUCGUCAGCGAGUGAGAGUCCACCAAAACUAUUUCAAAAGCAAGAAAAAAUGACGAGAGAUCUCCGUAUGUAAAACAUGUCUUAAGCAGCCUCCCUCAACCUGCAUGUCCAGGCUGCCUGGGGAUGAUAGGAGUUGUGCUCCCAACACUUUUGGGUUGUGGGAGGGUGUUCUAGAGGGAUAGCUGUGUUAGUGUGUUGCAGCUUCUUGGAGUACCUGGACUAUUUCCUGGUAUGUGAUAGGCACACCUUGAUCUUGAGCGUGUUUACAUGGAAAAUAUCCUAUCAAUGUCAGGGGGAGUGUACCAUCUAAGUAUGUGUAUGGGUAUGUGUGUGCCGCAAUAUGAGAGAGGUAUCAUCAAACAAAUAAAAAGGGUACCAUUGUACUUGUGACAGCAUUGUUUUACGUGUUUGUCUCAUUCCUACAGCCUAAAUGUUCUUGUUGUUAUUAUUAUUAUUAUUUUAAAAAGAGAGGUGACAGAAGUGGUCAGAAGUUAUGGAGAAAGAAAAUUUUCCAAAAUUAAUAUCCCUUUAAUUUUUAAUAAAAUUAAAAGAAAUAUCAAAACAAGAAAAAACCUAACCUACAAUAAAGAGAGGCAUUACUGGCAAAAUAAUGCCUCAAAAUAAUAAUACAAACACUUCU